UGUACGUCAUCAGCUCGGGUCGCGCACGAAUCCAGUCUCUGAAGGAACAGGUUUUGCCAGUGCUCUGACGUCAUCACGCUGGGCACUCCUGCCUGGCUGGAGGCUAUUAUGCCUUGUGGCGCUUAUACCCAGAAACUACAAUUCCCAUGAUACAGUUCACUCCGGCGGAGGAUUUCCUGCACACGAGGCUGUAGCAAUGUCUGAAGGCUCCUCUGCUCCAGUGGUUUCCCCUGUGAAAGCUGUCAUAGUGCCCGGCAAUGGGGGAGGUGAUGUGGAAUCCUGUAUGUGGUAUGGUUGGACUAAAAAGAGACUUGACAAGAUUCCAGACUUCAAGUGCAUCCUCCGUAACAUGCCUGAUCCAUAUACAGCAAGAGAAUCAAUAUGGCUGCCAUUCAUGGAAUCAGAACUGCAGUGUGACAGCAGGACUAUAGUCAUCGGGCACAGCUCUGGAGCAGCAGCAGCCAUGAGGUUUGCGGAGACACAUCAAGUGUUUGCCAUAAUUCUAGUGGGAGCGUACACCUCUGACUUGGGAGAUGAAAAUGAAAGAGAGAGCGGUUAUUUUAACCGCCCUUGGCAAUGGGAAAAGAUCAAAUUGAAUUGUGGUCACAUUAUCCAGUUUGGCUCUACGGAUGAUCCAUUCCUUCCCUGGAGAGAGCAGCAGGAGGUUGCUGAUAAUCUAAGUGUCGAGCUGUACAAGUACACAAACCGGGGCCACUUCCAGAAUACGGAGUUUACUGACCUACUGGAGGCAGUGAAGAAACUUAUUCCCACACCUGUAUAAAGACAGUGCUGCACCAAGCAUCCAGACAGUGUCUGCUGUUUACUACAUUUGGAACAUUUCUGGAUAUUAGGCUAAAGUAGAAGGUCAUGAAAACUAUUUUUUUUUCCGCAUCUGUUACAAAGCCUGUAAAUAAUUACAUGUAAUAAAAAUUGUCAUGAUCAGCAGGUGCUGUUAAUAUAAUGGCACAAUUUCUACUUAAAUUCAGGUUAUUUUUUUUUUUAA